AUGGCGCUUUCUAUUGGGAGUCUUCCAUGGUGUGACUUUGAACUAAAUCUGGCAUCUCAUUGCUUCCAAAGAACCGUCAAAGAUCUUAUAAAUCUAUUGUUCCUCUGCAUCUUCUACUUGCUCUGUAUAUCUGGUUGUGUUUCCAAGCGGUUUUCUUUCAGGCGCCGCAAGAAAAGUUGGAUCUUUGUGGCUGCAGCUCUAUGUUGUAUUGUUACCAGCUUCAUUAUUCUUGGUGCUGGAUUGAAAAAUCUGCUUGAUGAUUCUAAUGACGUUAAUGAAAUCCCCUGGCUCGUUUGCUUUGUUGAAGGGAUCAUAUGGGUCUCACUUGCGAUUUCCUUGCUUGUUAACGGCUCAAAGUGGAUUGAGAUUAUUGCACCUGUUUGGUGGGUGUCUUUUGCUUUACUGGAUUCAGCAGCAAAGAUGGAGCUACUUUUGCAAGGCAUCAGAGUGUUUGACAUCAUAACCUGGCUGAUAAGUCUUUUGCUUCUCCUUUGCUCCUAUAUAAAUCUCAGAGCAUCUCCUACUCAAGAUUGCAGUGAAACAGACCUUUCUGAUCCUCUAUUAACUGGAAGUCCUCGAAAAAACUCUGUGAGGUUAGCAACAGCUGGGUUUUUCAGUAUCCUGACAUUCUCGUGGAUGAAUCCUUUACUCUUGGCGGGCUUCAAGAAACCAUUGUCCCCAAAAGAUAUCCCAAGUGUAGUACCAGAGGAUGAGGCAGAAUUAGCUUACAGUAAAUUUGCCAAAGCAUGGGAUACUCUUCUCGCAGAGGGAAGCUCAAAGAAGGAAAGAAACUUGGUGUUUACAGCCAUUGCAAGAGUUUACUUCAAAGAAAACAUAUUUAUAGCAGUUUGUGCCUUAUUCAGAACACUUGCUGUUGUAUCUCUUCCACUCAUGUUAUAUCUCUUUGUGGAAUAUACAAACAGUGACCAGAGGGAUCUCCGCGUUGGCUUCUUCAACUUAUCUUGUCUGGUUAUGCUGAAGCUAGUUGAGUCCUUGUCAAUGAGACAUUGGUAUUUUGCAGCUAGAAGAUCAGGGAUGAGGAUUAGAUCAGCGCUAAUGGUUGCUGCCUACAGAAAGCAGCUAAAGCUAUCAAGCUUGGGGAGGAAAAGGCAUUCAUCUGGAGAGAUUGUCAACUACAUUGCGAUAGAUGCAUAUCGUAUGGGAGAAUUCUUAUGGUGGUUCCACUCGGGAUGGAGCGCUACGCUGCAGCUUUUGCUUUCCACAACUGUACUUUUUGGUGUAGUUGGAGCAGGAGCUUUUCCGGGUUUGAUUCUUCUUCUCUUCUGUGGUCUCCUUAAUGUACCAUUUGCAAAGAGGCUACAGAACUGCCAGACACAGUUCAUGAUCGCUCAGGAUAAGCGUCUGAGGUUGACCUCAGAGAUUCUGAACAGCAUGAAAGUCAUUAAGCUGCAGUCAUGGGAAGAGGAGUUCAAGAAACAGACAGAGUCUUGUCGUGAUGAUGAAUUCAAAUGGUUGGCUAAGGCUCAGCUGACAAAGGCCUUUGGUACUUUCUUGUAUUGGAUGUCUCCAACAAUUGUUUCUUCUGUUAUUUUCCUGGCCUGUGCUUUAUUGGAGAGCGCACCGCUGAACGCAAGCACUAUAUUUACGGUUUUGGCUACGCUGAGAGUUAUGUCAGAUCCUGUUAGACUUAUACCUGAGGCGAUUUCUGCUGUAAUCCAAGUUAGUGUCUCUUUUGACAGAAUAAACAAGUUUUUGCUUGACGACGAGCUUAAGAUUGAUGAGAGUGAAAGAAGUGGUCUGGAGAAAUCUGGAACAGCAGUUCACAUACAAGCAGGGAACUUCAGUUGGGAUCCAGAGACUAAGAUUACAACUCUCCAAAAUGUAAAUUUGGAAAUGAAACAUGGGACAAAACUUGCGGUUUGUGGACCAGUUGGGGCAGGAAAAUCAUCGUUGUUGCAUGCAUUACUCGGAGAAAUACCUAAAGUUUCUGGAAAUGUUAAGAUCUCUGGUUCCAUCGCUUAUGUUUCUCAGAGCUCUUGGAUCCAAAGUGGUACCAUCAGAGACAAUAUCCUCUAUGGAAAGCCCAUGGAUACUAGACGAUACAAUGCUGCUAUUAAAGCAUGUGCGUUGGAUAAGGACAUAGAUGGGUUUGGACAUGGUGAUCUCACAGAAAUAGGACAGAGAGGGCUUAACUUGAGUGGAGGACAAAAGCAAAGGAUUCAGCUAGCCCGUGCUGUCUAUGCAGACGCUGAUGUUUACCUUCUUGAUGAUCCUUUUAGUGCCGUGGAUGCACAUACAGCUGGAGUCCUUUUUCAUAAAUGUGUUGAGGACUCGUUAAGAGAGAAAACUGUUGUUCUAGUCACUCACCAAGUCGAGUUUCUCUCAAAAGUUGAUCAAAUACUGGUUAUGGAAGAAGGAAGAAUCACUCAAUUAGGUAACUAUGAGGAGCUCUUGAUGACGGGGACUGCAUUUAAACAGCUGGUGAAUGCUCAUAAUGAUGCAGUGACUGUACUACCUUUAGCUAGUAAUGUAAGUCUAAGAGAUCUUGGGAAAGGGUGCAGAGACAGAGAGAUAGGAAUCAUCGAAAAAAUCGAAGAACAAGAAGAAAUCACGACAACGGAUGUUACAGGUGUCCAACUUACGCAAGAAGAAGAAACAGAGACGGGUUAUGUUGGGUUGAAACCUUUCUUGGACUAUUUCCGUGUCUCCCAAGGAUGGUUUCUUCUAUGGUCAACCGUAUUGGUUCAGGUUGGUUUUGUAGCUUUUCAGGCUGCAGCAACUUACUGGCUGGCUUUUGCCAUUGGGAUCCCUAAAAUCACUGCUACAAUGCUUAUUGGAGUCUAUAGCAUUAUCUCAACUCUUAGUGCUGGUUUUGUAUAUGCGAGAGCUGUUACGACUGUUUAUCUUGGACUAAAAGCUUCCAAAGCUUUCUUCUCUGGUUUCACAAAUGCAGUCUUCAAAGCCCCUAUGCUUUUCUUCGAUUCUACUCCAGUUGGACGCAUUCUCACCCGAGUAAGAUCACUUUUACUUGCUUUCAUACUUGUGGUAGUACCGGCUAUUGAGCUCACUGCUGCUCUAAUCAUAAUGUCAUAUGUCACAUGGCAAGUUAUUAUCAUAGCUCUUCUUGCUUUGGCAGCCACAAAAGUUGUUCAGGAUUACUACUUAGCCUCUGCAAGGGAGCUGAUUAGGAUCAACGGAACAACCAAAGCUCCAGUGAUGAAUUAUGCUGCAGAAACCUCACUUGGAGUGGUGACAAUACGAGCUUUUGGAACAGUAGACAGAUUCUUUAAAAACUACCUCAACCUAGUUGAUGCAGACGCCGUGCUAUUCUUCCUAUCUAAUGCAGCCAUGGAGUGGGUCAUUAUGAGGAUAGAGGUUCUGCAGAAUGCGACUUUAUUCACCUGUGCACUUCUGCUUAUCCUUAUUCCCAAAGGCUACAUAGCUCCAGGUGUUUCUAACCCGAUGGUUUGCACAUUAUCGAAUUCCAUCAUUUCAGUAGAGAGGAUCAAACAGUAUAUGAGCAUACCAGCAGAACCUCCUGCUGUUGUGGAUGAUUGUAGACCACCUUCCUCAUGGCCGUCCAAUGGCACCAUUCACUUGCAGGAGCUUAAGAUAAGAUAUCGUCCCAAUGCUCCAUUGGUUCUCAAAGGAAUCUCUUGCACGUUCAGGGAAGGGACAAGAGUUGGAGUUGUUGGUAGGACCGGAAGUGGGAAAAGCACUUUAAUCAGUGCUUUGUUUCGCUUGGUGGAACCAGCAAGUGGUUCCAUAUUGAUUGAUGGCAUUGACAUAAGUAAGAUUGGCCUAAAGGAUUUAAGAAUGAAACUCAGCAUCAUUCCUCAAGAACCAACUCUUUUCCGUGGCUGCAUAAGGACCAACCUUGAUCCUUUGGCUCUUGAGAGGUGCCAGCUCAAGACGUCGAUCACCAAUCUGCCUAAUAAACUUGAUUCUUCAGUGAGUGACGAAGGAGAGAACUGGAGCGUGGGACAGAGACAGCUGUUCUGUCUCGGAAGAGUACUGCUGAAGAGAAACAAGAUAUUGGUGUUGGAUGAAGCUACAGCCUCCAUUGACUCAGCCACUGAUGCAAUCAUUCAGAGAAUCAUAAGAGAAGAGUUUGCAGACUGCACUGUGAUAACAGUUGCACAUAGAGUCCCAACGGUGAUAGACAGUGACAUGGUCAUGGUUCUCUCCUUUGGUGAUCUUGUGGAGUAUAACGAGCCUUGGAAGCUGAUGGAGACUGAUUCUUACUUCUCUAAGCUCGUUGCUGAGUAUUGGGCAAGUUGCAGAGGAACUUCUUCCGAGAAUCUUCAAGACCACAGUUAA